CUCUGGGGCGAAUCGCCGUUGCCAGGAAACAAGAAUAAAACAAACUUAAUCGCUGAGAAUCCGCAAGCUCUGCGUUCCCAGCUUGCCGGGAGCGGGGCCGGUCAUGGCGGCGCGGAGCUGCGAGAAGGAGCCGCUCGACCUGGUGCAUCAGAACCAGAUUUUCUGCGAGACCGUCCGGAAGGAGCUGCGGUGCCAGAAACUGCACACGGAGUACGGGGUCAACCCCCUCAAACGGGUUCACACGAUCACCAGGAAGCCAAUGUCUUGGCAUGAUAAUAUAGAAGAGCCUGCGGAUGUUCCUUUAUUCUGGUUUACAGGACACUGUCCUCCCCAAUACUUUUUCCCCCCUAAUCCAACAGCCAAGUUUCUGAAUCUUAUUCACCAUGCCGCACUGGAGCCAACCAGGAAAUACACAGAGCCACAGACAGAGAGCCAGGAAAUUGGCUGGAACACCACUCCUUUGAUUAGUGUGGCCCGCACUGACCGCAGACUCUACUUCCCAUGCCGGAACAGUGAGAUCACCAAGUACAUGGCUGCCAUGUGGCGCCUGAAGGAGCAGAGUGAGAACAUGCAGUAGGGUGGUAGUAGCAACAUUGCUUUGCUAGGCAGAGUUGUGUGGUGUUGGAGUUUCUAAACAAUGUUGCCACCUCCUCAUUGCCAUGGGUAGCCCUGUAGAUUUCUGAGCAAGGGAGGAGGAAUCUCCAGCUGGGCCAUACCUCCUGGAAGCUGACAGCUGUUACAGAAAUAAACCCAUGUGAAAGUUC